UGAGAGAGUGGAGUUUGUAUGAUGCCUCUCCCCCUGUUCUGUAGAGAGAGAGAGUGGAGUUUGGAUGAUCUCUCUCUCUCUCCUCCUGUUCUGCAUGAGUUCCGUCCAGGUUAUCCAGUUUCUUCCCAGAGCUAAAACAAACACACCUCACAGUGUAACCGGCAAUAGCCAAAACAUCACAAAUGAUGAUAAAUCACGUGGACAUUCCUGAACCCUCUCCCGUUUCCGAGACGCCUGCAAGUUGCAGGGUGUGGGGCGUCCCGUUCACCGCCGAAUCUCGUAACGCGCGCUAGCGGAUCGGCAUUAACGUUAUUUAGAAAGGCGUCGUUACUCACCGCAGAGAACCACAGAGACACGACCGCCGCUCUCUACGACAGCUGGCGCCAAACUGUGCCGAACGCCCCUUCAGCGUGGCCUUGCGGGAGCCUCGGCACGUCUUCCUACCCGAAGACGUGCAGGUAAAAUUACCUUAUUUUUUUCUUCAGAUUCCGUUCUGAUGAUGUACACCUACGUCGUCAGAAUGAAAAGAAAACCCGAUGACGUACACGUACGUCAGAGUGUGAGUACGUCAUCGGAAUGGGAAAGGGGUUUCACCCUAUAGGAAUCCCACACGCGAGCAAACGUCACUCUCGCUACUACGAAAAACCUGGCAGGACCCUCCCCGAGAGAGAGCCACUACCCGGCGAUGUCGGUGAACGCUGGCACACAGGCGCUUGUGGCAGCGUUCGCCGACGUCAUCAGCGCAGCAGCGGCGCCAAUAACGACCACGGUGCCGUCGGCGAAUGCCGGCGACGCGAUGCGUGCGUGCGGCAGCGGCGACCCCGAGCGCACGGACCUGUGGGGCAACUCGGCGCUGCACCUGGCGGCGGGCGCUGGCCACCUGGAGUGCGUGUCCUUCCUGGCCGACAUGGAUGCAGGCCUCUGGGCCCUGGACAACAACUUCCACUCGGCGCUGGAGCUGGCGGCGCUGCGGGCCAACUCGGACUGCGUGGCGCUGCUCGACGCCGCCAUCGCCGACAGGGGGCGCAAGGACCCGCGCGGGGUCACGCGCGCCAAGGAGAAGGCGCGGCGGGAAGCGGAGAAGCGCGUCGGCGAGACCACGAAGCUGCAGGAGAAGCACCAGAAGCGCAUGGAGCGAACCGCCGCGGCGUCAGGGACCCAGGGCCGGGCGGCCGCGCCGGCGGUCGGCUCGCGCCGGGGCUUCGGCACCUUCGGCACAUUCGCGCGCAUCCAGGCGAAGCUCAAGAUCGGCACGGUGUCGCGCGCCGGCGGGCAGAAGGAAGCCGGCGGCGCCGGUGGCGCCGGCGAGACGGGCGGCGAGACGGGCGACGACGCGGAGCCGGGCAAGCGUGGAGACGGAUGGGAGAAGGCGGCGGGAGGCUCGAUGCUCGAGGAGCAGCACUCGGAAGAAGACGCGAGCCAGGAGUCGGUGUUUAACCGCCCGGGGCUCGGCAACAUGGUGUUCCGUCGCAACUUCCUGAGCGGCGGAGCGUACAACGUGGACUCGGAGAGCGUGAGGGGCCAGCGCAACGCGGCCCCGGCCUCCUCCUCCUCCUCGGCCGACGCGACGGGAGCCGCUUCCUCGGAGCGGCCCGGCGCGUUGCUGGCACACCGGGAAGACGGCGGCUCGUCCGCGCUGGCGCUGCAAGCCAUGUGGGACAUGCUGGACGAGGAGGGCGAGCCGGCUUCGGGCGACGGCGUAGAGAUGCCCUGGGAGGACGCGGAACUGGACCUGGACGACAACGGCGGUGGCGGCGACGGCGACGGCGGCGGCGACGGCGGCGACGACGACUGCGGCCCUCUGGACGCCUUCCUGGCGUCGGCCGGCGCGGAGGAGUUUGCGCCGGCGUGCCGCCGGGAGCGCCUCGACCUCGAGGCGAUGCUCCUCUGCUCCGAGGGCGACCUCGCCACCCUGGGCCUGCCGCUUGGGCCUCGCAAGCGCGUGAUGGCGGCCGUCGACAAGCGCAGGAGGGCGCUGGCCACGCCGGCGGGCGUGGCUCGCGACACCAAGCUGUGAUGGAGAGAGAGGAGAGAGAGAGGGACCAACGUGGACGCUCGUGCCCGCCGCCGCCGCCGCCGCGUUGGGUUUUCCAGCGGCCGCGCGAGGGCGCGUCGCGCUCCGUCACGGCCGCGGCGACGGCCGUGACGGAGCACGUCAUCGACGUCGUCGUCGUCGUGAGCUCUCCGUCGUGUCUUUCCGGGUCAAGCCGCCGUUCGGCGCGAUGUCCGACAUUUCACUCCACGUGCCAACGGUAGAUUCUUCUUCAAAAGCCCCUGGCGCAGAGGGAAACGACUGCCGAGGGUCAAGGCGCAGUCCUGCGACUGCUGGCUGGAGCCACUGCUGACGGGCAAAGGGGCCUCCACCAGAGUGAGCUCUGGAGAGCCCCUCCACAGGGUGUUGGGCCUACUCUUCCUCGCUUGGUCACGUGUCUUGCGGAAGGCGGGAGUUAGCCAAGUGUUGCCACGCCACAGGCAACGUGGCGAAUCCACUUCUUCGUCUUCGGGUUGUACGGCCGCGAUGGAGGCGCAGCAGAGCCGACAAACUUACAAUUUCACGUUCGGGUGGCCAAGUCAGACAAACCGCGUGGGGAGUAGCGGAGCAGUCGCGGCGGUAGUGUGUACCGCCCCUGGGACGGCCUCCUUUGUAUUCGUGGACCGGGGUUCAUUGCGCGCGUUUUCCGUUGUGGCUACGGUCUCCGUUCUGGACGACCAGUCACGGCACGCCGCUACUGGAAGAGUUUUGUUUUGACAUUCUUCAUUUGCCCAUCAGGCAUCGUCCGUAUCUACUGCCAUGGUUUGUGCAGUGGGCGCUGUCUGGGGUGGACCCACGAGCUUGGUCGGGAGAUCAAACCCAAGGGAUCUUCUGUUUUGGGUCUUUCGCAUGCAGAAGAUCCCCUGGGGUUUGAUCUGCCACGAAGGGCGUGGUCCACCCCUAAACCGCAUCCACUGCACGCAACAUGGCAGUCGAAGUGGAUGAUACCCGAUGGGUUAAUGGGAAAACUAAAACAAACCUCUCCAGCAGUGGUGCGACUGUGACUUAACGGUUGUGAAUGAGCAAGCUCAAGUUAGACAUUAUUAGUAAGCAGGGGCGGAGCCAGGAUUUUGACUUUGGGGGGUUGCUGACUUCAAUAUUCUGAGAUGUCCAGUGUUUAUGUUUUCCAAUGGGCGCCACAAAUGUAUAAAACAAAUUUUAUUGGAUUUGAAC